AUGCAGCAAGACAAUCUCGCUCGGGAGAAGCUUCGCCUAGAACUGGACGGGCACGAGGACGAACAUGGAAACGGGCAAGAUCUCGGCGACGGGGACGCUCCAUCACCACAUCUCCCAUCGACGCCAGCUGGAUCGUCAUCCGAGACCCACGCAUCUAGCCCCAGUCCAUCAUCGUCGAACCCGACUGAACCGGACACUUCUGCAUCAACUGGAUCCUCCGGCAUGCGGCGCCUGCAAGUCACCAGAGCCAGCACGCGCGGGAAGCCCACCAGCGACGAUCAUAUCGACGUCAACUUGGUUCCUGCCAAUCUGGAAGUCACCAUGAACGACCGCGGUCGAGCCCAUGCUACAACGGGCCGCGUGGAGCCAUCCGGUCUUUCCUUCACUCAGCUGGCUGAGAUAGCCGAUCAAGCCCAGCUCCCAUGCCCUGGCGAUACUGAGGAUUUCGCCCACGUUGCGGAAGACCCCUUCACGGUGCCGCGUGCUCACGCCUACGUCACGACCACUCACGAACACCACGGGAUCUUGGAGGAGACGAAUCAAGCGAUCAAAAUCCCCAACACCUACGACGAAGCCAUGAGCUCUCCCCAGCGCGAAGAAUGGAAAGGAGCGUGCAGCAAGGAAAUGUACAAUCUGCGGAAACACAACGUCUACAUUCUGGUGCCCCUCAGCAGCGUUCCCGAGGGAGAGAAGAUCCUCGGAACGAAAUUCGUCUUCAAGAAAACGCUGGACGGACGCUUCAAAGCUCGCCUGGUAGUCGGAGGACAUCGUCAAGAGCCAGGACAGGACUACGGACGCAGCUACGCACCAGUAUGCCGUAUCGGGAGCAUUCGGAUGACGUGCGCCAUUGGCUGCCACAACAACUGGCCCAUCUACCAACUGGACGUUGUCGGUGCCUUCCUGAACGCCCUCUGCGACAGAGAUGUGUACGUCAGACCCGCCCCCGGUACAUCCGCCAAGAACUCCGCGACGGGAGAACCCAUGGUGUACAAACUAGAACGGAGCCUCUACGGCCUAUCGCAGUCGCAUGCGCUCUGGAACGACACCCUGGACGAAUCCCUCACGGUGUUGGGAUGGAAAAGGACUCAAUCCGACCCCUGCGUGUACGUGUAUACCAGCGGCAACAUCAUCGUGAUUCUCACGGUCUACGUAGACGACAUUCUCAUCACAGGAGGAGACCAGCAGCUCGUGGACCAGAAGAAGAAGGAGCUCACGGAUCGAUUCGAGAUGACCGACAUGGGAGAGGUAAAGCGGAUCCUCGGGAUCGACGUGCAGCGAGACUACGAGCAAGGAACCCUGGCCAUUUCACAGGAGCACUACGUGAACACACUUCUGGAGCGGUUCGGAAUGCAAGAGGCCAACCCAGUGAGCACUCCUGGAUACGGAGCGGAAAUCUCCACGAAUCAACCUCAGGACCAAAUCCUAGGACCCACGGACAAGAAAAUCUACCAGUCGAUGGCGGGAAGCAUCCUCUACCUGGCCCAGUGCACGCGAUUCGACCUCUCCUACGCUGCCCUACAACUUUCCAAGGCCUGCAGCAACCCAGCGCAGGUGAACAUGACAGCAGCCAAGCACGUUCUGCGAUACCUUCGGGGUAAUCCAGUUCUUCCUAUCGUCUACAAGAGAGGACAGUUUCGGCUAGCGGCGUUUACGGAUUCAUCCUUCGGAGCAAACCCCGACAACGGAAGAUCUACCACGGGAUAUCUCUUCUUUCUGGCUGGAGGACUCAUCAGCUACGGUGCGAAGACUCAAACUCUAACCGCGCAAAGCACGGUCGAAGCCGAGAUUCAAGCACUUAGCUACUCAGCCAGAGAGGCGGUCUACAUCUCAAAUUUUAUGACGGAACUCAACUUCAAGACCUUCGGAUCGGUUCCCAUCAACAGCGACAGCACCGGAGCGCUGACAGUGGCCGGGAAUGCCAUGCACUCUCAACGCACGAAGCACGUGGCCCUGAGGUACUUUUUCAUCCGGGAGCUAGUACUACGGGGACAAAUCACUCUUCACCACCGGCCCAGCGAGCACCAGUUGGCUGAUAUCGCGACCAAGUACCUCCCAAAGCACCGAUUCGCCUCCAUCAUUCAGCAGAUUAAGGACUUCUCGUGUUGA